AGGAUAUCUGUUUUUCAAUCUUUUUAAAAGGGAGGUAAAAGGCUUCUUACAUAAAACGAUAUGUAGUAUUCUGUAGCAUGGGGCUUUGUUGCUUACUGUCCACAUUUUAGCAGAAUUCAUGAUGAUUUUUUUUUCUCCAUUUUCCUGGUUUCACCUGAAUGCCACAAUAUCAAGUAUGCAGUACAUCAAUAUGCAUUUAACCAGUGCAAAUCCCUCUUACCCAGUCUGGAGUUCUGAGUGAGACAUAUGAUACCAACAUCUCCCUCGAACAUAAGCAAACAGCUGAAACAAAGAGAUAUUGUAUUGUAAAUAUAAUGGAAAUGUUCAUUGGUGUGACUAUACAAGCUCUUUUAAUUCAAGUUCAACCAAGAGCCUGAAUUUGUUGAUGGAGUAAAUAGCUUGUACACAAAGUUUAAGAGGACCCUGUGAGGGAAAUUUAGUGGAUGAACAUUCCUAUUCUCUGUGUUUCUGUGUGUUGAACUCAAGUGGCCUAGUGUACUGAGAAAGUUGUUUUUCCCAUGUUGUAAUCGCCAUUCUGUGGCCUUGGUGGUGAUGAGCAGGGUGCCUGAGUUCUCCCUAACUACGCAUCUGCCUGCACAUAUCGGAGCAUUCCAGGUGCACACAUUGGCUCAAGAUUUUCUAUGAAGCUUUGCUAAUCACGUACGGAUGCGAGCAGUAAGCACAUAUCUUCAGAGUAUAAUAGAGAACAUUCCUUACAAACAACUCAGAGUGCACUCUCAACAUCACUAGAGGUGGUUUGUUUUUUUCUUUCUUCUGUAGGUAUCAUGCGUCAUCUUGUGUCUGAGAACUACAACUCCCAGCCAACUUCCGCGUUGACUACGUCACGCCUGGGUGGGAUCACGUACAUCAUUCCUCAGGUUUCACAUAAGAGACUUGGAAGACCGCGUUUUCUUUUGUCUCUAAGUCUGAUCCCGAGCGGAAUGGUCCUAAGAAGAGACACUCAUCAUCAGACGUCUAAACAGCGCGUUUCCUUCUUUAAUCUGCUCCUGAUCAAAGUAGAUAUCGGAAACACGCGAUCAUCAACUCAAGCGAGUUAUUAAACCGGUUUGCAAGUAUUACUUUUCUUUUAAAGCAUACGCGACUGCGAGCAGAAGCAGUUUUCUGAAGAGCUCUUCUCUUUUCUUUCUUUUAAAUCCGUGCACGGUGUUGAACAAAGACUUUUCGUCUUAUCAACUACGAAGAUCACCAAAGAAAGCUUCAGAACUUCUCUCUCCCUCACCGAAGACUUCUGACCUCAGGAAGCGCGCGCAACUUCCUCGAGCUUCCAACUUCAGACAGAAGAUGGACUUCCUUUGCAAAUGGACUCCCUCGGAAUCCUGUGCAUCCUCCUCACCCUACAACUGGGUCAGUCAAGUGAGGUGGUGGAGCCUGGCCCCCCAGCUGGCAUCGUCCUGCAGGAGGCUCCUGGGCUCCUUCUUACAAACUGUCGCAUCCACACUCAACGGGUAUACGCCCGGCUAGACCCAUGGGCCAUAUACCAUAAACACUUCAUCACUGAUACCUUCGAGUGACGAUAAUGGACCAAAUGGUGAGAUAUCUAAUGUAGUUGUACACGCUAAAUGCACCACUACUCACAUGCUAGAACAGUUACAAAAAUUCAUAGUCACCGAGGAAGAACUGAGUGGUAAAACACGUCAGAAAAGGUUCCUCGGGGGUUUAAUUAUCGGUGCAUCUGCCAUUGGAUCCUUGUUUUCUAUUGGUCUCUCUGCAGCCAACACAGUCAGUUUGAAUACGCUGAAAAAAGAAGUUAGCAUUCUGCAAAAGGAAAUGCCAGAGAUCCGAGAGAAACUGCUUAUCCAACAAGACAAGCUGCAGGGCUUAGGCAAAUCCCUGCAGGGAACUAUACUAACUGUUAACAUGCAUACUGAUCUAAUCUAUAACAUUAUGCAGACUGUAGACAAAUUGGCUGAAAGAAUCAAGAACGAGAUCAAAUAUGUCAGAGAAAUAAGGGAUUUAAUGCAAGACCUGCUUAGAGAAGUAGGUGACUCAAUCAGUUCCCUGAGUAGUGGCAAGGUCCCAUCGUAUCUCACACCCCUUAGCUUGGUGGAGAAUAUACUCCAAUCCACUACUACUACUAGAGACGUGCAUUCCUCGCAAAUACACCUGGCAUAUAGUCUCGGUAGUGCUAUCCCCAUUUUUGUGAGUCCACAAGAUUUCGAGAUAGGUUUCAUACUAAAUCUACCCAUCAUUGAGAGAAACAACAUAUAUAGACUCAAGUCUGUCCUCAACGUAAGUUUCUGGAAGGACAAUGUCCGUAUAUACAUACAAACACCACCCAUGGUAGCAUACCAUGACGACAACCCCUCUGUCUACUUUAUUCCCAACCUAGAAAUGUGCACCUCCACUAAAGACAUCCACUGGGUCUGCCCAAGCAACCCAUUUAUUAGAGACACUACGGAUCACCUGUGCGGUCUGAGGGCGAAAGCGCCCGAACAAAAGUGUGUAGGUCAAAUAUCCGCAAAGGACGAGGAUAUGGAAACUAGAGUAGAAAGAGCUGGUAGUCGGUGGGUUGUUAACACUCCAAAAACUGAAAUCUUGAUGUCAUACAACCAGCACCACACAGCCACAAGAAUGAAAAUCCCAAACCAAACGGUGUUCCUUAGUGUACCACAGGGAGCCACCAUUCACAUAGGUGACAUCACCCUACGCCAUCUUAGUACUGACAGGUACGAUUCAGAGAUUGAGAUGAUAGACGCCUUCGAAGGUUAUGAUCUUGAGAUCAGUAACACCCUCCAACAGCAAUUGCUGGUUGAAGGGACCAAAACGGUGAAAUUUAGUGUAGAUCAGAAUGGAAUUUCAACCAUAGUCUCCCAAAACCGGGUCAGAGGGUCACUUGACCUCGAAUCUGCCCUAAGUCUGAUUGUUUUGGGACUUCUUCUCUGUGGCUGGGUCUUUUCUGCUGGUAUCGCAUACAUGCUACACAAACGAAUAGCAACGCUAUACGCCAAGCUGGAUAAAGGGGUCUGCGUUCCUGACAGCUUCGGCCAUAGUAGCACACGCUUUCUGGCCAAACCAUCUGUUGCCGUUACCGUGCCAGAAGAUUAGGUUAACACCCUAACCACUAACACUUCUUUUCUCUACUCCACUUCCUCUCUUUUCUUGUUUUAUUAUUUUCUUUGAGCACUGAAAUGAAGUGUAUAUAUAUGUAGCCUGCACUGAAAUGGUGUGUGUGUGUAUGUAUGUAUGUGUGUAUGUGUAUAUAUAUUAUAUAUAUAUAUAUAUAUAUAUAUAUAUAUAUAUAUAUAUAUAUAAUGUGUGUAGUCUUCACUGGAAAAAUAUGUAACGUUCACUGUUUGAACUUUGAGGUAACCCUAAUCUAGUUAGAUAGUGAUUAUCUGCCCAAGUGCCUAUGGUGAUUGUAUGCUCAAAUGCCUCUACCUCCAACUGUCUCACUGGAACUCACAAGUUUACACAGUCUUCACAGGACACCAUGAACUGUAUGGAACAAGUCUACCUCAAGGACUAUGGACACGGCGAUGGUACGGUGCUCUCAGUGCUACGACUCCGUCAUACCCCUGAGACCAAAAGGGGGAAUGUAGGUAUCAUGCGCCAUCUUGUGUCUGAGAACUACAACUCCCAGCCAACUUCCGCGUUGACUACGUCACGCCUGGGCGGGAUCACGUACAUCAUUCCUCAGGUUUCACAUAAGAGACUUGGAAGACCGCGUUUUCCUUUGUCUCUAAGUCUGAUCCCGAGUGGAACGGACCUAAGAAGAGACACUCAUCAUCAGACGUCUAAACAGCGUGUUUCCUUCUUUAAUCUGCUCCUGAUCAAAGUAGAUAUCGGAAACACGCGAUCAUCAACUCAAGCGAGUUAUUAAACCAGUUUGCAAGUAUUACUUUUCUUUUAAAGCGUACGCGACUGCGAGCAGAAGCAGUUUUCUGAAGAGCUCUUCUCUUUUCUUUCUUUUAAAUCUGUGCACGGUGUUGAACAAAGACUUUUCGUCUUAUCAACUACGAAGAUCACCAAAGAAAGCUUCAGAACUUCUCUCUCCCUUACCGAAGACUUCCGACCUCAGGAAGCGCGUGCAACUUCCUCGAGCUUCCAACUUCAGACAGAAGACGAACUUCCUUUGCAGUAAGAAGGCAUUGGGCAGAAGUUUAAGUCUUAGGAAUUAGUUAUUCACUUAAUGUGAAGUUAUAUGAAGUUAAAUGAAGUGUAUACACUGAAUUUUGGUUCUCUAUCAUUUUGUUUGUUGAUUUUAAAAUUGGUUAAUCCAUAAGUUUUGCAUGUUCUCUCUCCUUUUAAGAUUUUAAUUUCACUACUCACCCAUAUUUUGACCUCAUUAAGAUUUCAGCAAAUUAAAUAAUACUAAAACUAGGGGGUUUAGCUGUUUGAAAAGUCUUUGUCUCCAAGGAGGGCUUUCACCACGUGUUCGCAGGCCCUGACCGCAUGCUUAAGCUAGCAAGGCAGAGCUAACUCUUUUGUUCUAGAAAGGAAACACGUGGCAAACACCUCCUCCUCCCCUUUUUUCCAAGAGGUCCUGUAUCUCAUCUUUGAAUAAGAUCCUAAGUCCUGAUUUUAAUUCAACCUUGAUAGCAAUUCUCCUGUCUCCAUUUAAAGCCAUAUAGACUACAGAUGACUGUUUGAAUGUAUUUUAAUCAUUAAUUUCUGGUUUUUGACACAUAGUUUAUUAGGCCAAAACACAUGUUAGCUUUCUCUUUGUCUGUUAGCCACAAAGCUAAUCACGUGGCGACCCCCAUAUUAGGCCAAAGCACAUGUUAGCUAGCCUUUUGUCUAGUGUAGCCACAUAGCUAAUCACUCGGCCACACACACACCAAGAUUGCAGAUAACAUGCCCUGGCAUGGACCAAAUUCCUUGAACUUAACCCCUCUUCCUACACACACUACACAGAGACAUACUCUGUUAUAAAGGUUUCAUUCUGUUGCCAUUCAAUUAUUAAAUUUUCAUUUUUCCUUUUUAUUAAUUUCCUUUUAUCUUUUUAUAAUAAACUCCAUUAUUAUUGAAA